CAACAAUCCCGCUAGCAACAACUCAUUACAGAACCUUUUAAAACAAAAUGAAAUGAACAUCACGCACUCCCCCUUUCUCUGAGCCAAGAUGGCACCCAACUGUUUGCAAAUAUUCACCCUCAUCCUGACCUGUCUCACCUUUAUCCUGCUCACCACCGGGCUGUACUCGGCUAUGUGGAUUAAAAAAUCUGUGAACGGACAAACCAUAUCCAGGGAGGGAUUGUACGAGACAUGUGUCCUCGAUGGGUGUUCGAAGAUAGGUCCUCUCACAAGUGUCCACAGAGUGUCACAGAUUUUCGGGCACCUGAUGAUUGUCAUCUAUGUGAUAAAUCUGGCCGGUCAGUGCGCUGCUGUCUUCCUCAGUUAUCUCCGCUUUACCCGAAUAUUUGCCCUCAUUUACUUCUCCACUGCCAUCAUCGCCUUCUCCUUACUUGUCAUCUACCCUACUAAUAUCCGGCCUAUAGGGAAAGAUGGUCAGCAAGAGUUAUGGUUUGACUGGGGAUUUUACGUGUUCCUGUCGGCGACCCUACUCCUGGUAGGUUUGUCUGUGCAGUGUUAUGAACUGGACGAGGAUACGUUUCCUGGGAUUGAGCUAAGGAGAGAUUCAUCAUGAUGUAGAGUACAUCAAAACAUCACGAUGUUGGACACAAGUUAAAUAUGAAUUCGCCAUCACGAAAUAGAUAAAAUAAAACCUAA